GAAGCGAGCAGCACGGAGGCUAGAAAUUCACUUCGGAAAUGAUCGCGUCUGUAUUUUCUACUGACGCGUUCGGCUGCUGGGGGCCGAGACAGAUACAUCGAGCUUCCGCAGCGCUCAGCAAAAUCGCGUGUAUCAUAUAACUCUCUCCAGCCCUGAUCCCUUAAUUUAGAUGAUUUAUUUAUUUAUUCUUCUUCUUAUUAUUAUUAUUUUGCAAUGGCUUGAGAUCUCUCCAUCACCAGGAAGCCUAUUGAGACUAUUGUCCAUCUUGACUCAUGUGCGCUUGGUUCUGAUCACAGCUCUUAAUCCAGUUGGUGUUGUGAUCCAGAUCUGAAUGUCCACUGAGCCAUGGCAGGGAAAGAGGAGCAGCUUUACGCCAAAGUGACUCCACGGAGACAGCGACAGAACCGCGUAGGAACCCUGAAACACGGCUCCAGCCUGGACGUGCUGCUCAGCAUGGGCUUUCCCAAGACCAGGGCGCUAAAAGCGCUGGUUUCGACCGGUGGCAGAAAUGUACAAGCGGCCUGUGACUGGUUAUUCUCUCAUGUGGAUGACCCAUUUCUUGAUGACCCCUUACCAAGGGAGUUUGUGUUGUACCUACGCCCGAGCGGGCCGCUGCUCCAUCAGCUUACUCAGUUCUGGCAGCAGAGUCGCACCAUGUGUGGCAAGAACAAAGCUCAUAACAUCUUCCCCCACAUCACUCUCUGCCAGUUCUUCAUGUGUACAGACGCUAAGGCCGAGGCACUGUGUGAGGCGUUGCAGACUGUCGUGGGACAGUGGCGAGGUCGUUUUCCUUCCCCCCUUCCACUGGAGCUCUACAUCUCCUCCAACUUCAUUGGCCUCUUUGUUGAUGAGAAGGUAGCUGAAGUCCUGAAGGGCUUUGCGUCUGAUUUUGCCUCUGAGGCUACCGUCAAAGCAGGUGUGGUGGAUAAGCAUGACGGGAAUGAGAUCCAGAGUCUCAUUAUUGCUGACGCCCAUGUGGAGCCACAUAAGAAACAGCUUCAUGUCACUCUGGCCUACCAUUUCCCAACUAAUCACCUCAGCUCAUUGGAAAAGCUGGCUAGGGGAGUGGAUGUGUCUCUGGGCUGUGAUUGGCUCGCCGUUCUGUUCUCACGGGACAUCCGAUUCGCCAAUCACGAGACAUUGCGGGUGAUGUAUCCAUACACUCCACAGAAUGAGGAUGAGCUAGAACUGGUGCCAGGAGACUUCAUCUUCAUGUCCCCAGUGGAGCAGGCUAGUGCCAGUGAGGGAUGGGUUUAUGGCACAUCUAUGGGCACUGGGCUUUCUGGCCUUCUGCCUGAGAACUAUGUCAGCCGAGCAGAUGAGUGUGACACAUGGGUGCUUCAUGGGUCCCAUUCUUUUCUCAACUGCACCUCGCCUAUUGUAAGCAGUGGUGCAGUAGGCGGGCCUUUUUUUGAUGGACAGCUGGACGGACGUCUCCUGGAUGACCACAGCUCAAUGGAACAACUUCCUUUGAGUGUCGUAUGUCAUCCGAUGCAGAUGCUGCGGACCAAUAGUCAGUCUCAACUGCCCAAAAGAACACUGUUUGUGUGUCGCCAUGGUGAGAGGAUGGACGUGGUGUUUGGAAAACACUGGAUUACCCAGUGCUUCGAUGCCAAAGGUCGUUAUAUCCGAUCCAACCUCAAUAUGCCAAGUAGUCUUCCAGGGCGGAGUGGAGGGUACAGGGAGUAUGAUAAGGACUGUCCUAUCACUGUGUUUGGCGCCACACAGGCUCGAUUAGUGGGAGAGGCCCUGUUUGAGAGUCACACAGUGAUCGACUUUGUGUACUGCUCACCCUCCUUGCGAUGUGUUCAGACAGCCCAUAAUAUCCUCCGAGGGCUUCAGCAGGACGGGAAAACUAAAAUACGAGUCGAACCUGGACUCUUCGAGUGGACUAAAUGGGUAUCGGGUUUGUCCUUACCUGCCUGGAUUCCACCUACAGAACUAGCAGCUGCUAACUUUAGCGUCGACACAACCUACAGACCUCAUAUUCCCAUCAGCAAGCUGACCGUGUCCGAGUCGUACGACACGUACAUCACGCGCAGUUUCCAAGUGACUCGGGAAAUCCUAGCCGAGUGUAAAGCUCUGGACAACACAGUGCUGAUAGUGGCCCACGCGUCGUCUUUAGAGGCCUGUACACGCCAGAUGCAGGGCCUCAGCCCACAGAACUCCAAAGACUUUGUCCAAGUGGUCAGAAAGAUUCCUUACUUAGGUUUCUGUGCCUGUGAAGAGAUGGGCGAGACAGGGGUGUGGCAACUCGUAGACCCACCCAUCCUGCCCCUUACUCAUGGGCCCAAUCACAGCUUCAACUGGCGGGAAACUCUGCUGCAGGACUGACAGGCUCCGCUUCCUUUUGGUUAGCCUGCCUUUUAGCUCUUCUUGCCAAAGGCAGCUCAGAAACACGCUGUCACUCGCUCUCUUCUUCCACUCUGUGGCGCUCCUGCACCAUUAGAUCUUACACAGAGCAAACCCAGGCUUCCAUACAGCCGUGUCUCUGCUGCACUAUUUCAUUCUGAUCAUGUACGUCUCCUGUGUUGCAGCAACCAUGUCUGUCCAUAACUAUGCUCAUACAUUUAUGUCAUGCCCUUAUUAGAGGGCGAGUUUACUGCUUCACUGUCAUGGACUUGCGUGAAACUAGUUCAACGCUGCCACAUAGAGUAGCUGAUGAUUCCCACGGGUUUCUCACCUCAGCAAACGUUUCACGGUAGCUGCAUCGAAUGCUUCGAAUCAAACCGACGCUUCCAAGAUGGCCGCCCUCCUGGACAGAACAAACUGAUGCAGCAAAGGGAACAUGGCCGCCACCAGACACACUGUGAGGAAAGUGUUUUGCAUCAAGCUUCCAGGCUACUUUUCAAAUAUGUCGUCAGCGGAAAUCAAGCACAAAAGACGAAACUCAAGCGUGACAAUCAGGAAGGAGUAGGAUCUUUGGAAAGAAGCUGACACGACAUCUCCGACACAGAUUCCGCCUCAGGAUGAAGUUGGUAUAGGGCUUAUUUUAGCAGUUAAACACUUUGCAUGCAAAAUAUAAAUACACCAGGGGUUCUCAAACUUUCAGCCAGGCUCCCCAUUAACUAUAAAAUAAAUUUCAUGCCUCCUGUGUGCUUAAAUCCAACUAUUCCACUAAGAUUAAUUAUUAAAAAACAUGCACAAUGUUUUGGCAAUUUAUUGCAGCCUUGGUGCUUUCUCUUUCUAAAACUUAUAGAUUGACUUAUUGAUGUUUGGACUAAACCCAUUCAAUUCAAAUAGCCAUUCAAACAAGUUACAGUAGCUUUAAGAACUCAAUAAUAAAUCUAUUUAUCUUUGAUUAUAGUGAGUUAUUUCCAUCGCUGUAAAAAAAAGUACAAAUCAUGGACCCUGGGCACUAUUUUGAGAACCAAACACAAGUCAAUAAGUCUGAGUUGACCAUCAAGCUUUGCUUUUAAUUCAUCAGCAAUUAUACUGAAACUGUGUCAUCAUAAAGUACCCUGUUCACACACCCCAUUUACGUCAGUGUGUGUACUCUACAUGGCCAAGAAAAUGUGUACCAUCACACCCAUGUGAUACGUUCCUAAACUAUUGCCACAAAGUUGAAAGCACAGCUGUAUAGCAUGGCUUUGUGUGCUGUAGCAUUAUGAUGCUUUACUGAAACUAAGAGCAAACUGAAACCCACUACAGCAUGACAGUACCCCUGUGCACAAAGCAAGCAAAAUGAAGACUUGGUUGCAGUGGAAAAACCUGACCUCUACCCCUUUUGGGAUGAACUGGAAUGCUGACUGUGUGCCAGACUUCUUCACCUGACAUCUUUACCUGUUCUCACUAAUGCUCUUGUGGCUGAAUAAACACAAACCCUCACAGCCAUGCUCCAGAUUCUACUGGAAAGUACCCUUAGUAGAGGGAUGUUUAACAAGCACAUAUAGGUGUGAUGGAGUCCACUGCCUUUGGCUGUAUAGUGUAUAUACAGAAUAUAUAUAUAUAUAUUCUUUGUCUGUUAUACUUUAUCAUACUCACGCCAUUGGUUCUAUACAUAACAUAACACAUAACGACAUAAUAAUUUAAUCUUGUCUGCAAAAGAUCACUAAGGUUCGGUUAAAAUGCUGAAAUACUGAAAGCAGUUCUUGGUAACAGACUCAGACUUUUUUUUUUUUUUUUUAUGUGUGUAUAUGAUGGUGUAUAUGAUGGUAUGUACAUGCUUGAUAAGCCCUGUACAAGCAACAGGUCAAUCAGGAAGCCUUAAAAUUUGUCCAGGAACUUGGAAAGUAGUCCACAAACAAGUACACGUCUGUACAUAGUAGCACACAUCAAAACACAAUAUUUCAUGCAUUUAUUUAUCUAUUCGUAGCAUAACUGCUAGGAUUUCUUUUCUGGUGCUUCAUAUAAAGUUUUUUUUGCUUUUCUCUCUGGUUUAAAAGCAGAAGAAUUAAACUGUAGCAACUGUUCUCUUCUAAUCUCCACCCUAUUUUGUCCUUAUACACAUCAGCCUUCGCAAGUCACACUUUUUCCUGAUCCGUUUGUGUAGCUUUGUUGUUGGGUCUUAAACUAGAUUAUGUGUGAACAUCAGGUUGAACAACAUACCAAGUCUAUAUGUUCUCCAUAUAACAUUUUAUCUUUUUUUUUUUUUUUUUUUUCCAUGAAUUUUGUAAAUCUGUUUGACGUACCAAUUAUGGUUUCAGUUUAGUGGAUGGUUAUGCAUAAUUUAUCAAACUUAUUCUUAUAAUCAGAGGCAUGCAUUUUUUUUAAACUUUGUAUUCUUAACUGUUAUUCAGUUGUGAUUUGAGCCUCAAGCUAAUUGUUUUUUGUCUUCUAUAGAACGUAAUGUCUUCAAAAUGAUGUUCAUCUUUUUCCCAGUUAAACUAUGAGGAAUUGGCUACAUUCAUACUUCCUCCUGUGAAGCUGUGUGUGCAUUCAGUGAAGUGUGUGUGUGCUUUCUACCUGAGAUGAAAAUGAUACUCAAUGCCUAGAUACAUCAAAUUGCCAAACAAGUGAUUUGUUAUUACAAAAUGGCAGGAUUCACACAUCAUUCGUAUCUCUGUAGGUUAAAACGAGUUGUAGGAAGUGCUAACGGCUCGGCUCCUUAAUGCUAAUAAAAUCAACCAGGCACUUGAUCGUGAAAGAGGAUGCCUCAGAGUUUGCUAAGAUUCGUCCUUUCUGCUGUUUUAACGCUCCCGUGUCAAGUUCCCUGCAUAAUCGCAUGAGAUAAACUCGGAUUCUCAAUUUUUUUUAUUAAUAUAUAGUAGGACUUAUUUUCUACCCAGUUUAUACAGUCAGGUUGCUGACUAGCCUGCUAGUCGACAGUAUAACUUAAUGUGGUCAGCUAGGAUGUGCAUGAAAUUUAUUAAAAAAUUCAAUAUUUUAUAUCAGGGUUAUUCGACUAACAUUUUUAAUUGUUGAGUUACAUGAAAUUCCUUACUUUGGAAGAUAAAGAUAACUAACAUGACAUAAGUCUGCCUUUAACCAUUUAAUGUUCAUGUAUUAAUGAUUCGUUUCUGGCAAAAAAAUAAGACAAUUUAAAGUGGCUAUAUUUUGUAUAUUUCAGAGAUGAUACAUUUACCACUAUGUCACUAUUUUUCCUCAUGAUUUAUUUAUUUUUAUUGACAAACCAUGCCUUGUUAUUGAACCAGACCAAAAGACCGUGAAUUAAAUCGACAUUUUCAGGAUUUGGCAGAUAUACUUAUGUAGAGUAGUUUACAUUUAUUCUCCUGAGCCAUCAAGGAUUAUAGGCCUCGCUCGUGGGUCCAGCAGUAGCAGAGGUGGGAUUUCCUGAACUUCUAAGCAGUAGUACAUCAUCUUAUCCACAGAGCUACCUCAACCCCUAGUCAGUAUAUUAAUCAAUAUAAAGCCUGGAUAAUUCUUUCAAAACUAGAACUAUACUUUAAAUUAUUACACUUUUAGAAAAUUAUAUAUUAAGCCUUGCAGGGAUUUGGGUGUCUGAAAGUUUGUGAAAACCCUCCACUUUUCAGUCCUAAUGUCUAUAGCCUCAUAAUUAGUCUCUGGUCUGAUGAGCUACUUUCAGCUAAAUUGUUUACUUAAAUGAAUGUGAUUGGCUACAACAAAUGAUUUCAUGGUUAGAAAAAGUUGCUGAAUGAUGGCCAUUGUAAUCAUUUCUGUUCCAUUAUUUUUUAAAUACUCCUUUACUGUAUAUCUGCUAAAUUAAUUUAUAGGAUGAUGAUCCCUGCUCUGUAAUCUUAGGUAUAUUUAGAAACCAUUCUUUUGCAAACAUGUUAAUGUGAACUAUUCCUUUUUCCAACCAAGCAUUCAGCUAAUACAAUUUCCGAGAGAAAGCAAACACGGAUGACAAGCGUGGGUUUAAAACAGAAGCAGAAAAGAAACUUUAAUAAAGCUUUACCUGUUUGGUCUGCAUUUAGUAUUUAAAAGUAAACAACACACAAGAAGACAAACUGAAACCAACUUUGUUCAGUGUGUUGUCUGGGAAGUGGGGAAAAAACGUGGCUGUUGAACAAAAACCUAAAAACAACAGUAAGGUUGUAGGUACAGUUGAGUAAAGUUCUUAAACAAAUGAAUGAUUUGGCAAAUGGAUGAUGAUGACCACGUGAGCUCAGUUCAAAGAUUGAUGAUCAUCGAUAACCACGUGAGCUCAGUUCAACUUUUGUGUGUAAGCCAUAUAUUUAUAUUCAGUAACAUGCAGCUUAAGCCGAUCUUCUUACUCACGGCCAUUAAAGCGCAGCCUCUGACCUUCAUGUAGCUCUUCUCCACAACCACUCCAUGCAUGAAAACACACGAUUCCCUUCUUACAGGUAACUUCUUUACUUGAAACAAGUACACACAAGUAUACUGCAAGUUGUGUUCUAUGUAAGUAAAUUAUUACUUUGAUUCUUAUGCAUUCCACGGAUGUGUAUCAGAAGAUUGUUCUAUUUUGCUGCAAAGGAUUAUCUUUGUAAAUUGUUUCAGAUUAUUUUGCGACUUAUCUGCUUAAAAAAAGAUAUUAACAAUGUUUGAAAAAAUAAAUGUUUUAUCACCAUA